AUGUCGGACGCUGUUGGUGCAAAGGCCGAAGCAACUGCCGUCGAGUCGAGGACGGAGAAGCCAACAAUGAUCAACGAAGACGGCAUGCCUCCCGACGUGGCCGCAAUAAUGGAGCAAUUUUCCGGUGAAAAGUAUAAGAGGCUUAUGCGCAAGCUGGACUUGCACCUUAUUCCCAUUAUUGCUGUCUUGUACCUGCUUGCUUAUUUGGAUCGGGGCAACAUUGGCAAUGCAAGACUGGCAGGACUCGAGGACCAUCUCAACAUGACCGGCGAUCAGUACAACAUUGCCUUGACAAUCUUCUUCGUUCCAUACAUCGUCUUCGAAGUGCCUGCAAACAUGGCCUUGAAGUACCUGUCGCCACGAGUUUGGAUUCCCCUUAUUGCCAUCUUAUGGGGCAUCACCAUGACAUUGAUGGGCAUCGUUAAUAGCUACAAGGGUCUGCUGGCCGCUCGCUUCUUCCUCGGUGUCCCUGAGGCUGGAAUCUUCCCUGCUGCCGCUUUCUACAUUACCAUUUGGUAUACUAGACACGAGGCCAUGUACAGGACCGCACUACGGCGUCUUUGGCGCGCAUUCUCCGGCUUGUUGGCAUACGCAAUCACGCUGAUGGACGGCGUCGGAGGCCUUGCAGGGUGGCAAUGGAUCUUUAUACUUGAAGGUCUUCUCACUGUCCUUGGCGGCGUGAUGUCCAUUUUCUUCAUCUACAAUGGGCCCGAUUCCGUGUCAUGGUUAACCGAGGAGGAGAAGCAGUACCUUAAAUACAAAUUGGCGUAUGAUGGGAACCGCGCGGGAAGGGGAUUGCAAGAGGAUGGAUCCAAGCGCACGUACAUCAAGGAUGCCUUCUCUGACUGGCAGGUCUAUGUCAGCGUGAUUAUGUUCUUGGGCAUUUCAGUCUCAACAUACGGCCUCGUCUUCGGCCUGCCCACUAUCAUCUCAACACUGGGCUAUGCCAACCGAGCGGCCCAGCUCAUGACCAUCCCUCCAUACGUGACAGCUUGCAUUCUCACGCUGGGUGUUGCUCACUUUUCCGACAAGUACAAACAACGUAGUUAUUUCAUCAUCGGGGCCUUGGUACUCGCAGUCGUGGGUUUCAUUAUGGCGAUUUCUACAUCCUCAAGUCCUCACCUCGCAAGCGUGACAUACGCUGGCUGCUUCCUGGCUUGUUGCGGCUUCUUCCCUGCUUUCCCUGGUGUCAUCUCUUGGCUUGCCAACAACUUGGCUGGGCCCUAUAAGCGGGCAGUCGCCAUGUCUCUACAGAUCACCCUCGGUAAUACUGGUGGGCUGAUCGGAUCCAACAUCUACCUGGUCCGGGAAAAGCCGUCAUAUCGUAUUGGUUACGGCAUCUCGCUCGCUUUCCUCUCUUGUGCCAUCAUUGCUGCCAUUGUUAUGAAUCUCACGCUAUCCUCAAUCAAUAAGAAGCGCGAGCAAUAUGUCGAUGAAAACGGCGGCCCGGACGGCGUCACAGAGAAGCAUGGUGAAGUCACCCUGACUGAGAUGGGAGACAGGAGCCCGCUGUUCAGAUAUACUCUAUGA